GAAUCUCAAGCACUUUGGCAUGAGGAAAUUGUUGUCGUCUGCUAGGAAACCGUAACCAGCACCAUUCAGUAUCAAAUGGACUCACGGCCUGAGACUGUCCGGGGCUUGGCGGGUGCACAGAGUACUCGGACAAUCCAGUUAUGAAGAAAGUGGUCUUCUUGAUCGAACACGCGGAAAUAUCUCUCUACAGCGCUGAAGAUGUGAUUUGAAGCAAACUCCGCAAGGGCGAGGAUUGCCUUCGAAUUCUAGCUGCAAGCUGGUGUGUGGAGACCAGAAAAUUCCCCAGCCGCAUCAGGGGCGGGCCAGAAUUCUUUCUGCGGAACCAGCAUUUCCAGCAUCGAAGGAUAGUUGGUGUCUUUCAAUCUUUGGCUUUACAACAGGAGGGCACGCACGGACGGACAACUGACAACAAACAUCAGCGAGUUCGAGCUUCUUCUUUGAGUGUCAGCAUCAUGCUGGUGGUUUUGUGGCCCGAAAACGCUUAUACAUAACGGCCCGCGGAGUGGAGGAUGUCAACGCUGCGCGAAUGUGCUUUUGAAGUCUGACGCCGAACUCAGCUGGAAUAUGUUCCAGAGAAUUAAGCAGAAACGGAUGCGUGACCGCUUAGAGCCGAAAAGUUUAGCAGAGGAUUUGCUCAUGGGAUACUCAUACACUUCUUGAGUGCCUUCGUUACUUCUCAUACCCUGCCACUUACAUUUGUGUUCAGAACCCUGAUUUCUUCCCUUAGCUAGAGGUAGUGGUAAAAUUUGGGGUAUUUAUUCUAUUGCGGGGCGAUCAUUUCGUCAGCUCGUGGAGUGCACUACCCACCCGAAAGCAGUACCUUCAUCUAUGACUGUCGCUAAGACUGUGGUGUCUUGUGCAACCGCACUAAUUCUCGUCCGCAUCAUUCCGGACCUGGCAAACUGAAAACCUCGGGAGGUUAUUGUUGAAUCACGAGGCAUCAGACUUGAUACAGAGAUGGUUCUUACCCGGCAACGGAUGGACAAGUGCACCGGAAACGGACGACGACUGCAAAUGCUCGCUCACCAGAUUCAGAGCACACUUGACAUGCAUACAGUAUCAGAUAAAGCCCUGGCUGUAUUGAGAAGAACGUCUGCACUAAAGGAAUGUAAACUUGGGAUGCCUACUUGGUAUAAGUUAGAACCCAACUGAGUCAGCAAAGUCCAACAUACUCAUUCCACGAUGAAGCGGGUAUACACAAAGAACCCUGCGGUUGUGAUGAAUCCAAAGAAUCCGGUUGCAAUACCAAGAUCUCGGAAAGGAGAUUUUAUUAAAGGUGACUUUUUUUCUGUGCGUAUAUUGCUUUUACACUUUGCCAACUUCCACAUUGUUGAAGGGCCAGAAUCAACGGAACCAUUUGCCCUCAUGGUGAUGCCCCCAGAAAGUGCAAGAAGGUGACAUAUUCAUGAACCAGAGCUAGUGGAAAUAGUCACAAAUAAGGUUAUCAGUCUCGAAAUGGGUCGUCUUAUAGCUGGAUGAACAUGGUUGAAAUGUUUGAGGAGAGGUUCCAAAAGGUGAUAGACGAAGCGAAGCAAGCGGAGGACGUCAUUCUUUUCAUAUUGAAUUCCACGCUUUGAUUGGUGUUCGUUCUACAUCGGGUGUUCUUGAUGCUGCUUGCAUUUAGAAACCAGCACUUGCUAGGGGUGAACUGCAGUGUAUCGUUGCCACUACUUUUGAUGAUUACCGCAAGCAUACAGAGAAGGAUUCAGCAUUAGCGCGUCGAUUCACAAUCGUGAAGGUACCUGAACCCACCGUAGGCGAAACUGUACUUAUGUUGCAAUGCCUGCGCAGCGUUAUGAGAUCUGUCAAAAGGUUAGGUACUCCGACGACGCUUGGAAGCAGCUGCUCAGCUGUCUCACCGCUUCAUAAGCGACAAAUUCUUGCCGGACAAGGCCAUCGACAUGAUGGAGGAGGCAGGAUCGAGAGUUCGUCUGGGACACGCCGAGGUAUUAUUCAUCUCCUUGUUGUACCUGAAGAGUCCGAACCGACCCAUUGCAAAUUUAUUGGUAUUCGGAACCCCCGGUAUGCGCAAAACAGAGCUUGCAAAAGCCUUAGCGUCCACUGUUUAUGGUUCAGAGGCGGCAACGGUGAGGCUAGGUAAGUCGGAGUUUAUGGAGAAUUACAGCUUGUCUAAGCUGACUGGGUCACCACCAGGUUACGUAGGGUACAGCAAGGGUGGUCAGCUUAAGGAAGCUGUCCGCAAGAGGCCGUUCACUCUUGUUUUGUUUGAUGAGAUUGAAAAAUCGCAUCCGGAUGUUUGUAACAUACUGCUCCAGGUUAUGGAGGACGGCAGACUCACAGAUGGCAAGGGUCGGAGUCUCGAUUUCAAAUACACGAUUGUGAUGAUGACUUCUAAUCUGGGAAGUGACGUCAUUGUCAGUGCAUGAGGUAUUUACGAAAAGAUGAAGGAGUCGGUCACUAUACAACUGGAAAAACAUUGCCGUCGGGAGGUUUUAAACAGGCUGAAUGACUUGGGUUGUGUUUAGGCAGUUCAACAAAAGCGAGGUUCAUACAAUUGCGGAGAACGUGGUAAGUGAGUUUUGUGAGAGACUAGAAAAGAUGGAGAUUGAUCUGUAUGUAACCGAAAGCUUUCGCAAGCAGCUUGUCCUCAAGGGAUACAGUUCCGAAGACGGUGCCCGGCCGCUAAGAAGAAAUGUCACUGUUUUUUAAAGACAGGAUGGUAGCUGUAUACUUACAGGAUAGAUAGGCACGGGCGAUGCAGCUGUUGUUGACGUUGAUCCUGAUGGGAAUUUCACUGUAGUGAAAAUGAAAGGAGGAGCAACUGAAGCCACAGGGUGUGGAUUGGAGUUCAUGUGUGUUGUUAGCAUCAGACAUUCUGGUAGUUUUCACCAACUUGGAGCCAAUUCGGCCUGGACAGUGCUUAAAGAGUCCUUUUGUACACCAUCGAAACGAGCCGACCAUGGACAGCCACAUUUUGCAGUAAAGAACUGUUUGGAGGAGUUGAUAAUUCCUUUUU